AUGGGAGCUUCUGCGUCAGUGAGCGAAGCAGUUGCAGUCACGAAUGAUUGUUUAGGUAUCGGAGGAUUAGUAUUCGAUAAAGUCAAGGAUAAACUGUUGAUUUUUGCUGGUGUCGGCAACCUUGUGACCCAUCUGAAUGAUAUUUAUAAAGAUGAUGCAGUAAUGCAAGGAUUGAGAGAGUUGGAGAGCAAAAUUAAUCAGCUGACGAAUAAAAUGCAAUGGCAAUUUACGGAUUUGAAGGCGUUCAUUGUGGAGAAUAAUUUCUAUACGGAAAUCGCUGAAACUGCUAACACUCUGAUGAAGUAUCAAAAUGAUGUGUUGAAGAACCCGAACGAACAUAGCAUUGGUCUAUUCCGUCAAGCCGCUGAAAGAACUCCGCCGUUGCAUUAUGCAUACCUACUUCUCGAGGCUUUUGUCAAUGGAAUGUUCUGGGAUAGCAAUAUGUAUGGGCCGAACGAGUUGAGGGAUAAAAUUGAUGGAAUUUACGGAAGAAUUGAUUGGUUGAGAGGAAAUUAUAAGAGAACCUACUGGCCUGGCGCUGUUGAAAACAUCAUUCAUGACGUGCAGGACAAUGGAAAUAUUAAAGGAAACGAUGCAAAAGCGCUAGAAAUCAAAAAACAUUUGAUGUCAAUUUUGAAUGACCACAUCUUCUACAUAAUCGUCUACGAUCAUUGUGGAACUUAUGAAAACCAUGCGUUCCAAGGAAACGAAGAUCAAUAUAUGGUGUCGUUCAGAAGAGGUGGAUGCAACGUUGUCGUCUAUCGCAGUUAUCACUUUUUACACUGUGAUGGCAACGCGAUAGAUCGAAUUAAAGAUCAAGUGGAGUCAUGUCGUCAUGGAGUGAUUAGAACACGUGGAAGCUUGGAAAGUAUUCCGGGGAUGAUCAGAGACAAACAUGUUUCAUACACUGGCUUUGUCGGACUCAUCAAAAAAGAGCAUAAUGUGGUGAUUCGUUCUGCAAACAGUUAUAAAGCUGAAUGGGGUCCCGGAUGGUGGAUUACAGCGAAAGGAGACGUUUAUGGAGCUUCGACCCCUCAACUAGACCUAAAGACCGUUAGCCCGUUCCUUCUACUCUCCCUCCAACGAACCUUCCGCCCAAGAUCCGUCGCCACCAGGAACUCUCCAUUAUCCGAGAAUGCUACCGAAGUAAUUUCAGCGGCGUGCUCGAUGACCUUGAUCUGCUCCAGAGCUCCAUCUCCAUUGAAAUUGUACACAUGA